AUGGGAGUCACCACCGGGCAUUCCCAGCCUCUGUUAGUCAUCUAACGUUAAUCAUUUUUCUUCUCCUUCAUUGUAUACACCAUCACAUCUUUUGUUGCCUUCCAUAUCAUGUUUCUUUGUUUUCCCUUUUGGUAACAAAACCCCAAAAAUAGUUUCUGUGUUGUUCCUUUUUCAGCCUUCAUCAUAAACCCUAGAAUCCAAAUCUCAUGCUUUGAACCCCUAAUUAUAGCAGUUUGCAGUGGGAUUUGAGUUCUAAAUCAAAUCAGGGAUCAUCUCAGACUCAUUCCCUAAAAGAGUAUCUUCAUCCAAGAGAUUUUGAUUGGGGUAAAUUGACAUUUCAUUGAAGUUAUUCGAAGCUUCACUUCUAAGUCCAGAAUCCUCUCAACUCAUAUUGGCCCAUCAGAAAAGCAUAAAUCUCGGAGUUAGCCUGGGGUUAAUUUCCUUGAGUUAUGCUGUUAGAAUUGUGAGUAUUUUGUCUGAGAUGCUGUUGGGAAUAUUUCUAUUCAUUGAGAAAAUGUGUUUUUGCGAUUUUGGAUAUUGUUUCUUAAUAUACAAUGUAUGGAUGCAAAUGGAUUUGUAUGAUCUUUUAGGGGUGGGCAGACGUGUGUAGGAGAACUAUGUCUUGUUUUGGAUUCUCAAUCCCUGUAGCUCUUAUACUUAUGACUAGCAAGACUGGGAAGAUUGUUUUGAAGGACUACAUCGAUGAUUAUGGAUUCCUGGAUGAUAGUUUAAAAUAUGAGAUUGCCUAUCUUGCAAAAGGUUUUGGUGAUUUAGGUUGUUCUUUUCGAAAAAGGAACAAAUAUAUGUUAUAUGGUUGCUUGUCUACUUGAUUUUGGCAUGAGAUUAGUGGCGGCAAGGAGUUGUUUUAGGGCAAUUUGGAGUGGGUGUCUCAGCUAGGAGAGUUAUGGGUGCAUGGCAGCAAGAUCUUUAUUUUUCCAUGUCACCGUAUACUUACUCUGGUGGCCUUUCUUUUCCUCUAUUCCUUGUCAUAAGCAGAAAUGGACUCCUUGUAUGCUACUGCUCCACUAUGGUCUCUUUGCCUCUGCUCAAUUUGGUUUUUCCUCUGUUUUACUAGUAGGAGGUCUCUCCUCGGAGGUGUUGUGUUGCUUUGCACAACUAGCUAGUCUCAACUCCUUAGUUCCUCUCUAUGGUGCUAUAUUUCAGAUGACUAAAGGUGAAGUAGAUACGUUUUUCAAACAAAGCCUGUUAUUAAGAGGAUGUACAGCUCCUGGCAGGAGUUCCCCCUCUUGUCUCAUUUUUGCAGGAUUUUAUUGGGAUAUUUUGGUUUUUUGUUUUUGUUCUUGCUUUGUUUAAGUGCUAUUUUUCCUCUUCUGGUUUGUGUUUUUUGUCCAAGACUUUUGCAUGGAUCUUUUAUUUAGUU